ACUUAACACUAUUAUUUAAAUUAUUUAAAUAUAAAAAAGACAAACUCUAAAUCUCUAUAUCAUAUACUUCAAACCCAUUUCACAUUAUUAUUCAUUGAAACACAAAGUUACCAAAAUUCUUAUUCAAAGAUGUUUAGUUCCAAAUCUGAGCAACAACAAAAAACUAUCCUCCAAAUCAAGCAAGAUGACAAGUUCUUUUGCAGACUUCUAACAAAAGAAAGUUCCAUUUCCAAUCCAUCUUUUAGAGUAGCUAUUACUGUCCCUUUUGUUUGGGAAUCUCAACCUGGCACACCAAAAUACACAUUCUCUGAAAAAAUUCUACCUCCUCUUACUCCUCCACCAUCUUAUUUUUCAUGCAAAAAAAUACCAAGUAAGAAAAAUUCAAGAUCCAAUCUUUUUCUUGCACUUUUUCCAAAACUAAAUCUUAAAAAAAAUAUUAAGUCUUCUUCGUCGUCAUCUUCAUCUUCAUCACCUUCGAAUUCGCCUUAUUAUUCUUCUGCUUCAUAUUCUUCUUCCUCUGAGUCUUCAUCAUCAACAUCAUCGUCAACCAAAAUUGUCCCGAGAAGACGACGUUUCUUAAGCUAUGGUUCAUCUUUCGAGUUAAGAGGAGAAGAUGAAGAUGCUACUUCACCUACUUCAACACUAUGUUUUGGUCUUACUCGUUCAACUAGCACUAUGGCUAAUAGUGGAUUCCUAGGAUUCUCCAAAAGGUAAUCUUAAUGGUGGAUUAUACCAUCGACAAAGGUGGUUAUACUAAAUUUGUACGUGCGUGUUUAAAAUCACAGUGAGUUUGACAAAGUCACAGUGUGAUUUUCUUGAAGCGUUGAAAAAUAGUUUUUGCUAGCACACUGUGAUUCUGUAAAAUUGUUGUCAAUUCAAACAUUUGCUUAGUUAGAGUUUAUGUGUAAUUAAUCUUUGAUUUGCUUUUCAUGUUUAAAGAGCAACCAAAUUUUCUAGGAUAGUGAGUUUGUUUCUUGUCAAAUAAUGGGUAUGCUUAAUUCUAAAGUGUACUUUGAUGUCUUAAACAUACUAUAUUAUGUUUAAACUAUCAUAUAUAGUUUAUGGAUCUUUGAAGGUCUAUUGAAUCCAUGGACCUUAAUUUCAA